CGAUCCUUGUGAAGGAAGAGGAUCCUAUAGUAUCUGAAGGCCGUGAAGAAUGCUGUGUCGCGUGGGUAUCCUGUGCUGUGCCUGUCUCUAUUGGACGGGUCUCGGACUCUCUACCGACUACGUCAACAAGACGGGACACUUCGGCGUCACUGACAGAGCCUACAAUAACGCUGCGGUUGGAAAGUGGUUGUAUGCAAGCAAUAGAAUCAAGCUGCCUGCAGGUGAGAGAGACGAUCCGGCAGCUUUGGUAAUAUAUUUCUCAAAAAGUUUGAUUUUAUAAGUAUUUGUUAUCGUUACAUAUUGGGCGUCUCGUGUUGCAUUUUAAUUUAAAUUACAAGGUUGUUGUGGCAACUCUGAUUGCAGGAAUGAGUGAGCAGGAGGCGCUGCUGUGGUGUCAGUACCAGUGUGUUAGGAACGCUAAGUGUAACUCCUUUGUUUUCAACAAAGCCGACGCCAUCUGCUACUGGACCUCAUUCAACCGCUGCGCUGAUCCCGGGCAACCCUUGUACAACGUAACGGGCUUACGAUCGUAUGACGUCAGGAACGGGAGCUUGCCACAACCCUACAACAGCUGCUACAGCUCGUGCAGCAGCGGUAACAACACCAACUGCUGGCAGUGUGGCAGACCCAGCUGUCGAGGCCCGAAGUGCAUCGACUGUGCCUUCUAUUGCUGGGCUGAACAACUUUACAACAGAACGAAAGUAACCGCAGUGUGGUCGGACCCACAACUGGCCACGUCGCUGUACGUCCCCUGUGAUAAAGGCUGGCAGAUGAUCUGGGGUUACUUCAACAUCACCCAGCCGCCCAAAUUCAACGUGUAUCCACUACUUUUGAACACAUCGCUGGUCCUCCGGCUGGUCGUCGUCUACCAAGACGCCAGUGUCCUCUACUCCUACUUCGACAACUUCACCUACGCGGGACUCGACAAAAUCUCCGUCGGGUCCUACCUGGGCGGCAAUGCUGGCAACUACUGGGAGGCGCCCUUCGUGAACCUGCCAGUGGCCUUCAACUCCAGCUGCCCCAUCUUCUACCCGACGAACUCCACCACCUGCGUCCCGGGAAGCGGAUACAAUUCAAACUUCUUUUGGUUUACGGGGUCCCCUGCAUUCGACGCCAUAGGUGUCAGCCAGUUUCAGCUCUGGGUCAUACCAAAUGGCAUGGAAUGGUUCGAUCCUCUCUAUGCUGUGGAAACAACUGCUUCACCUUCAGGCUAAGACGACACAGAUGAGAGUUGAGUCGUGUGGAACAGCACAAUAGCUGAUACCUCCCGAGACACCUCUCAGAAGAGCUUCUUCUGGAUUCAUGUUUCUCCCCUAAUUUGAUGUGUAAAAAAUCUAGAUUAUGUCCAAUCCUUCUGUUUCUAAACAGUAACAUUGGUUCAGUUCAGCUCAUGGCUCAUACGUAUAACUGUUUACUGCUACAAUCUGCUUCAGUUCAGCUUAAAUCCCAUACAUGUAAAUGCAAGCUUUAAUUGAUCUAUCGCUAUAUUUCAGAAUAUCUGUAUUCUUUAACAAUUCAUUAAUGUAUCUCUGUAAUACUGCAUUUCUACGUUACUGUAUCGCUUUAUUUCUAUAUCAUUACAAUACUGUAUCACUACAUUUAUGUAUCACUACCUUGUUGCAUCACUAAUUUACUGAAUUAUUACAAAAUUGUAUCACUGCAUUAUUGUAUUACUGUAUCACUAACUUACUAUAUGACAACAUAAAUGUAGCACAAUAUUACUGUAUUAUAAUAUUACUGUAUCACUACAUUACUGGAUGUAUUACUGUACAUCUAUUAAUGUAUUACAGUAAUAUAUUACUGUAUCACUACAUUAUUGUAUUACUGUAUCACUACUUCAUUGUAUUACUGUAUCACUACCUUGCUCUAUCAGAACAUUACUGUAUCACUACCUUGCUGUAUCAGAACAUUACUGUAUCACUACCUUGCUCUAUCAGAACAUUACUGUAUCACUACCUUGCU